UCAUGGUUCAAUGAUGAAUCAUCGAACUCCGUGUAUCCAUGGAAGGCAAUGCUCGCAUAGAACCCCCCAAUCAAUGAAUGGUUCCAUUCGCCAAUCAGAGAUUCUGCAAUGCUCCAGGAGAUACAAACCCAUGGUUCCAGGAUCUUGGGAUAAUCUAGGGGCGAGAUAUCGAUUUUCACUACCGCCCUGCUCUUGGUUUUCUUUUAUGACCUCAAGCCCUUCCGUGACCGUCCAAGGCAGCCCAAAACUCGCCGUCCAUGACGGUCAACCGCAAUGCCGCCGUCCGCGCUGUGGCCGCAGUAUUCUUGGCUGUGACUUCGAUCACGGUCCUCCUCCGUUGCUAUGUCCGUUCAAGGCUGGUAAAGGCCUUUGGAUGGGAUGAUGGCCUCAUGGUGCUAGCCAUGGCCGUCUAUGCCAUGUUCUGUGGCGCCAUGAUCGGAGGCAGUCUAUACGGCACGGGAAAACAUUUCGCUGACUUAACGGCAAGCCACCGAGUUACUGCAAUGGAGUACUGGUGGCUCUGCGAGAUCGCAUACUGCUUCUGUUCCAUUUUUUGCAAAUGUUCAAUAUGUAUCUUUCUCACUCGUAUCACCAUCAAGCGGCCGCACCUCGCAUUUCUCUACAUCAUCAUGACUUGCACCGUCCUCAUGGGGCUUGUGCUCAUGUUUUCCCUCUUGCUGCAAUGUCGUCCUAUCUCUUAUUUCUGGACCAGGGUCGCCUUUGAUCCCACUGUGGAGGGGACGUGUGUGAAGACCGAGUUAGUUAUUGCCCUGACCUGGGCAUACAGCGCAGUUGCUGCAUGCUGUGAUCUAGCGGUUGGGAUUGUUCCAUACUUCAUUAUUCGGAAGUUGAAUAUGCCGUGGCGGAGAAAAGUGGCUGCGAUCGGUAUCAGCAGCAUCGCUUGCAUUGCCUGCUGUGCCGUCAUUGUUCGCAUUCCUUAUGUGCCCACAUUUGCCGAUCCGGACUUCCUUUACGCGACUUAUGAGGUGGCCGUUUGGUCUAAUGUCGAGGUUGGCCUGGGAAUCUUUGCGGGUAGUAUGGCCACUCUAUAUCCGUUACUCAAGCAUCUGCGGACAUUUUUCACCAAACCUGGAAUGACGCGGUUGAGCUCACGCAGCUCGUCGGGGCCGGGGCCCACAGCUCCCAAGGCCGACUUUGUUUCUGUCUCUUCCUACCCAUCAGCGCCCGUGACCUUAUUUCGCCCGGGGAAUGUCGUGAACACGACCACCACCAUCCAAGGGGACGGGGCAGGCGUAGCCCACCCUGAUUCCUGUUCACCCAGAGCCAGCCGUGACACUGGGAGGCGUACAAAUGACAUUCUGAUCCAACAGACUUUUAAUCUGGAUACCGGGUGGCAAUCUAGGAAUAGCAGUGUGGUGUGAUAGAUCCUAGUUUCAUCUGGGUUGACAAUGUGUACUUUUAUCAGCUAAGAUGAUAUGACCAAUUAGCUUAAUUGGCCGAGUUCCAGGGCCG